GCGUCGUUCUAAACUGUGCUGAUCUACAGAAUAAGACACUCAACAAAUUAAUUUGGGAAAAUCUUGGGGACUAUGGCACUUCCAUAAAUCGCAGAAUUGUCCACGAUUAGGCUACUUAACGGCAGUUAUUUACAUAUUGACCGAACAUCGACGCCGAGGUGGGCCUAAUCUGGGGAGACAGAUUUCCUCUCUUUCUGCUUUCCUAAUGGAGUCGUACAGAGUCUCUGGCAUUCCUAACAGUGGUCUACAGCAGGGCUACACCCAGCCUGCCUCUCGCGCCUCCAGGGCUCAGAGCAACGGAGGGGGCAGCUACGGCCUCAGCAUCCGGGUCCAGGGGAUCGAUGGACACCCCUACGUGGUUCUGAACAACCAAGACCGUGGGUCUCAACCCUACACUGAUCCCAACAGUAACGGAUACAUAGACACCGAAGGGUCUUUUAUCGAUAACUAUCAUGAGUAUGACUUCAGAGGGAGCAGGGAGUCUGGCUCUGACAGCCCGUUUGUGGAGUACAGGUCCCAGAAGCAAUUUGGUGGCCCUCAGAAUGGUGUUCAAGACCCUCAAGGUAAGAAGUCAUCUGCCUUGCUGAACUUCCAGAAGCAUCCUGAGAUCCUGAAGCCUUACGACCCAAAAAAUAACACCUUGAGUCUGGAUGGUUACAGCAGCCUGCCUUCCUGCCCAGUCUCCCUAGCUGAGACUGGGAAUCGCCAGCAAGGCCCCUCUCCCAGAUCCUCCUCUCCCGUAGUGUCCCAUGCAAGGUCAUCCAGCCCAGACCAGACGAAAGACGCAGGCCAGCAAGAGAAAACACAGCCCCAGCCCCCACCGCAGACCAGGCCAGCCCUCUCUAAGCCUCAGGCCAAGCUAGCCCAGCCUCAGUCAAGGCCCCAAGCCAACCCACCCCAACCUGAGUACAAGCCCCAAGCCCAAGUGGCCGAGCCCCAGUCCAAAUCCCAGUCUCCACCUCUAUCCCAGCCCCAGCGCCUGCCUGUGCCCCAGCCCUCAGCAGUCUCCAGCCUCCCCAGUGAACCUGACAAGACCUGCAGGUCUCCCAGCACCAUCAGCAGUGCCUUCUCCAGUCUGGAGCGCAGCCGGCUGGAACCAGACGUCCUCCCCCUCCGCAGGACUGACUCCAGUGGGCCGGUACUGCAGCCCUCCUCCCGCUCCCGCCACUCCUCCAGCUCCUCCACCAAAGCUGACGACCAGCUGGAGGCCUUGUAUGCCGACACCAUCAACCGCCACCAGAAUCGCCGCUACAUCCCCUUCCUACCCGGUACCGGCCGAGAUAUCGACACAGGCUCCAUCCCCGGCGUGGACGAGCUCAUCGACAAGUUUGACGGCAAAGAUGGCGGCCAUCAGCGGAGGGGCAGGGCGGGACGGCGGAACCGCAUCAACCCAGAGGACCGGAAGCGCUCGCGGAGUGUAGACAGCGCUCUGCCCUUCGGCUUGCGAGGAGAGUCUGACUACCUGGAUGAGUUCAGUAAGAACCAGGGCAGGUGUACAGAGCACGUUCUGAGGCCCUCCCAGCUACGUCUGCAGAAGGCUCAGGGGAGUAUUGACUCCUGGGUGACCGCGGUGGAGGGGAAGACCAGUGCCAGAGCUCCAAUGCAGGGCAGCAGUGCACCAAGCUCCCCUGAAGGCACUGUUUCUAAAGGGGUAGGCUCCAUCCAGGGGUACAAAGCGCCCCAGAGUCGCUCCUCCACACUGCCCUUCAACAGCAAAGGAGCGGAGGAGGGAAGGUUGAUGUCCGGCCCUAAGAUUCUGACUAGUGUGGCAACAACAUCUCUAUCCAAGCCAGCCUCCAGUACAAGCACAAAGCCCACUGCUGAGCUAGAUGUGCAGGCUACGCCAGACCUUCUCAAAGGUCAGCAGGAGCUUUCACAACAAACACAUGAAGAGACAGCUAAACAGAUUUUGUUCAAUUACCUCAAGGAUGGGAGCAACGAUAACGAUGACACCACCAAGAGGAAGGUCAAUCUGGUCUUUGAGAAGAUCCAGACCUUGAAGUCGCGUGCUGCUGGGAGCGUUCAAGUGGACAACAAAUCUCCGGACUCUACUGUUCAGACCAAGGCCUUGGAGGAGCAGAGAGAAGAGUUGGAAAAAGAAGUAACAGACUUAAAACAACAACUGAAGAAGCAAGCAAAGAAGCAGGUGGGUCUGACCCAGGCCCAGGAGAAGGCUGGUGCAGGUGUGAAGAACCUGCAGCAGGACGUGGACAGGAGCCAGGAGGAGGUCUGCCGUCUGAGGGAGAAGCUGGCCAAGACGGAGGCGGAGCUGCGAAGCACCCUGGAGGAGCUGUUCCAGGUGAAGAUGGAGAGGGAACAGUACCAGACAGAGAUCCGGGACCUGCAGGACCAGCUGUCAGAGAUGCAUGACGAGCUUGACGGUGCCAAGAGGUCUGCGUCGGACGGGGAAAAGGAUGCCAUGAUGGAGGACCUGCUGCAGCUGAAGAUGGGCCUGCAGGAGGUGCUUCUGGCUAAAGAGGAGCAGGAGGAGGUACUGAGAAGGCGCGAGAGGGAGCUGACUGCUCUGAAGGGGGCACUGAAGGAGGAAGUGGCCACACAUGACCAGGAAGUGGACAAGCUGAGGGAACAGUAUGAGAAGGAGAUGAACAAACUGCAAACGUCUGUGGAGGAGGCCAAGCAGAGCAUCGCGGCGGCGAGCCGCGAGAAGGCCGAGGUGGAGGCAGCCAUGGGUGCGGUGGAGGGCCAGGCAGGGCGUCUCACCGCGGAGUUUGAGCGGCUACGUAAGCGGGCGCAGGAGCUGGAGAACGAGGUGGCCAAGCUGAACCGCAUCAUCGACGAGGCCAAGCUGCAGGAGAGCAAACUGGGAGACCGAGUUGGCAGGCUGGAGAAAGAGAAGAAGCAGCUAGGAGAGUCUCUGGCUGAGAUCAAAGAGCAGGAGGAGGAGAUGUCACGCGCCAACCGUGCCUUGACCACACGGUUAGAGGAUGUGCAGAGAAACCUGACCAAACUGAACCACGACCACAGAGAACUGGAGGAACGGUGGAAAGAGGAGAGGUGUCAGAAGGAGCUGUUCAAGAACACCAAGAACGAGAUCGAGGACGAGAGAAAGCUGCUAGACCGGACCGUGGAGAAACUACAGAGAGAGAUGAGCGAGAUAGUGGAGGCGUCCCAGUCGUCCACCCAGGAGCUGCAGGAGCAGAUUGACGUGUACAAGGAGAAGAACCGCCGGGAGCUGUCCGAGCUGCAGAGACAACUGAGAGAGCGAGGCCAGGAGCUGGAGAAGUCCCGAUUGGACACCAAAAGCCUACAGGAAGAGCUGUCCAACCUGGAGGAUGACCUGAGGCAGUGUAAGAGGGAGCGAGAUGAGGCAGUGCUCAACGAGAAGGUUCUGGAACAGAAGGUGUAUGAUUUGGAGAUGGAGGCCGAGACCAAGGCCCAUUCUAAAGAUGACAAAUCCAGACAGUUGAAACUCACAGAGGACAGGAUCGCCCAGCUGGAGAUGGACCUGGAUGAGGAGCGUCAGAGUGGAGACCUGCUGAUGGAGAGGAUAGACCGAGGCAGGGAGCAGGUGGAGCAGAUGAGAAAUGAACUCCUGCAGGAGAGGGCUGGCAGACAGGACGUGGAGUGUGACAAGAUGGCUCUGGAGAGACAGAACAAGGAUCUGAAGAGCAGAGUGGCCCAUCUGGAGGGCUCCCAGAAAUCCAACAAGGAAGGCCUGGUGUCCCAGCUGGAGAACCGCAUCCAGGAGCUGGAGGAGAGGCUGGAGGGAGAGGAGAGGGAGCGUUCCAACCUGCAGAUGGUAAACCGCAGGCUGGAGAGAAAGGUCAAGGAGAUGAUGAUGCAAGUGGAUGAAGAACACCACUCCAUGCAGGACCAGAAGGACCAGUUGAACCUGCGCCUGAAGGCCCUGAAGAGACAGAUGGACGAGGCGGAGGAGGAGAUCGACCGUCUGGAACACGGCAAGAAGAAGCUGCAGAGGGAUCUGGACGAGCAGCAGGAGGCCACGGAGCAGCUCCAGAGCCAGCUCAAAGCCCUGCGCAGCGAGAUGAGGCGGAAGAGCAACUCGGCUCCGCUGCUCAACAACCUGGACGAUGACGACGAAGACGACAUCAGCACAGAUGGAGAGACCUACUUCAGCUCCUCUGGGUACAAGCGCUCCUCCAGUCAGGACAACAUCAUCUCUACCUACACUUUGUAAACAAACACUGACAAAGACUUUCUGUGACGAGAACAAGCUCCACGUAUACAGCAGGGCAACCAACUGCACUGACCUCCCUACAUCUCAGAGACCACGCUAUUCUGGCUAUGUGCUUUUGGGAGGUGAUCCAAACAACUUUGAAACUAUGGGACCAUGCUUGACAUAAUUGGGUUUCCCUUCACAGUGCACCAACUGUUAGGAGACAUGGUUAAAAUGUAAUUGCGCUGGCUUGUAAAUGAUUGAUUAGAUUGGUGUUCAGCAUUAGUUGAAUUAUAAACGCACUCCUAAUCCUGAGCUCUUGUUAAUUAUUGCACGUCUAGUGAUGGUGGUUUUACCAAUUGUCAUUUGUCACCACCAAUUAGAUAUGAAGGACAUCACGGUAUUUACCUUUCUAAUGCCCUGUUAAGGAAAGGAAAAGCUCCAAUGCCUUGUUGAAGUUAUUUGCUAAUCACGUAACAGAUUUGAGCACAACACUUGUAGAUUUUAUUUAAAUAUACUGCAUUAUUGCAUUUUAUCAAAUCGAAUGGCAACUUGGAUUCUAAAUAAUAAUCUGCAUAUUAAACAUAUAUUUACCUUCCUAAUGAAGACAUUUAAUUCCAAUGUAUAAAAUUCUUUAUGCGAAGCCUUUUGGUGGUUGAACCUAAAACAAUGUCUAUCCUGUUGAAUAGAUGAAGGAAAGGUUUCAUGAAGGGCAGUAUGUUUUAGGGAACUUUGUAUGAGGGAUUCUGUACACACACUACUGUAUCAUAUAUUUUUUAAAUGUACAAAAUAUAACUAUUUUUUCAUCAUAAUAAGAUCUAUAUAAAACUGUUUAUGUUGCAUCUGUGUUGAUAUCAGACUUAUACCCCUGAUUCAAGGUCACUAAACAUUGCAGUAUUUUUCCAGCUAUUAUUGAAAUACAAAUUUCAUUUCACAAAGAACUUCAGAUAACAAUACUCUAAUAGUCUAUUGUCUGACUUAGUGGAUAGAUAUUCCUGUUACUUUGUAAAAAUGUAUUUUGGAUUUUUUAAAGCAUUAUAUUAAAACAAACAAACCUUAUACUGUGCAACAUAAAUGUUACUACUAUUUCUGGUGUACUCCAUGAACAAGACAGUGUUAAUAUUGAAUAUACUGUAAUUUGUCAAUCUGCUGUAUAAUGAACUUCUUUUGGACUUCCUGUAUGUGUAUUUGAAAUGUGCCUCGAUGGAAACAUAUAACAACUGUUACCAUGCUGUACAAGGAUCUGGAAUGAACAUUUGUGCCUGCUUGAGAGGGAACUGACCUCUAUUAUGCAAGUUUCUAUGAUGAGGGAGUUUAUACAAAUUAGCUGUUUUGACAAUCAAUCUUAUUUGCUACACUGUGAUGAUUUGCACUGUCUGUUGGAUUUUAAAGGUGUCUAAGGCUCUUGUUGCCAUAUGGAAUGAGGAGGCCUUUGUCUAACAUCUCCUACACACACUCUCUCUACUAAGGGAGGACUGAGAAGAAAUCCUGCCACUACCUCUGUACAAAUCUUUCUGUAUGUUGCUGAGACUCAAAACCCUAUUAAAAGAAAUAAAGUUACCUUUGGUUAAUCUUA